CAGUCCUCCGGGUGUCGCUGAAGAGACAACCGCUACUUUUGUGUGUUUAGACUCGACCCACAAAAAGAAGCAGCUGUAACUAGCAAAGUUUGGGUUGAAGGCUUUCGCCGGCGAGUAAAUAAUACAUUUAAACAGCUUUACUAACGUUGUAUGCCUUAAAAAGCGGUCUAAGGAUCAUGCCAGACAGAUCUACGAAUAACUGACGAGGAUCAAGACUAAUGAACAUGCUCGCCAGUUAACAAACAGCCAGUAUCUGAGGGCCUGCAGCAAUGGGGACACAGUUCACAAUUGAUGACGCGUUCGUCCUGGAUGGGGAGGAGGAAGGAGUGGUGCCUGGAGAGGAUGAGGGGGAAUGGAAGGGGAGAGAGAAGGAUGGCGGGGGAGAGAUGAUGUUUGGACCUCUUUCUUUUGCCAAAACACAAACUUCUGGAUCCACUGGCACUCCCGAACACAGUAAUCUGAAAUAUCAGAACCUGGAAAAUGAAGAUGCUUUAGGUGGCACUGUGAACUCUUCUUUCAAUAACUUCUUUAAAAUCAGUGAUCCCGCUACUCUGUCCUACUGCAGCUCUCAGUGGUCAUUCAGCACACUCAGCUCAGUCACACAGCUGUCUGCUCACUGCUGCGGGUGGACGUCUCACCCGCUGGUGAAGAAGAACAGACGAGUCGUUCUUGCCUCAUUCCUCCUCUUAAUCACUGGAGUUGCUUUGAUCUUUACAGGCAUUGUCAUACAGUUAAAUCCUCAUGCAGGUGUUUCAAGUGCAAUUUUCUUUGUUCCUGGAUUUCUUCUCUUCAUUCCUGGUGUGUAUCACGUGAUCUAUAUAAGCUGUGCAGUUCGGGGACGAAGAGGAUUCAAGUUCUUUUACUUGCCGUACUUUGAGAAGUAAACCGUUUUUCACUUUAGGUUUCAAAGACAUACUUUUACAACCUCUGUUACUAGUGGUUUUCUAAACAAUUUCUUCAUUUUGGUAAAAGCCAGUCUGUACACAGGUCUAAGUACAACAUCUACAGAAAAAAAACUGUGAUUCUUAGAGUGUCAAGUGCAACAAUAUACAAUCUUUCUUUGAAAGAAGGCACAGACUGUAAUAAAGUCAUAGUUGACCCAAAAAUGAAAAUUAGUUGAAAAUGUACUUGCUCUCAGGCCACCCAAGUUUUCAUUUCAAGCGGUCGUUUCUGGCCAAAAUAUGAGUCCAUAAUCUCCUCCUCACAUAAAAAUCCAAUGACAUGUUUGUUUAGAACUUGUAAGUGGUGCUUGAUCUGUGCACAUUUCUCUCCUGAUUCAGUUUUUAAUUUAACAGUUGUUUCCGGCUAAAAUACGAGUCAUCUAUCCAUAAUAUUGCUUUCACCAGUGAAGUGGUCUCAUCUGAAUCAGGUGAGAAAUAUGUACAGAUCAAGCACUGACAAGUGAAAACGGUCAAAAACUGUUCUUAACCAAUAUGUUGGUGGACUUUUACAAUGGAGGAAGUGUUAGUAUGGAUUAUAGACUCGUAUUUGGUCAGAAACGACGGUUUGAAGUGAAAACGCCUUGUUUAUGGAUUUGUUUAUCACGAACAUGCAGCUUUUUACUUCUCAAGAUUUUCAAUGAUGGACUGUAGUCAUGUGGAUUCUUGUGAUGGUUUUUAUCAGCUGUUUGGAGUCUGAUUCCGACAGCACCCAUUCAAAAUUUUGGUCAGAUGAAGACAUAAACUCGUCUACAUUUUGGGUGGCUUGUGGCGAGAACAUAGUUUUUUUUUUUU